GCGUGAAAAUCGUGUACGUGACUUUUUCAGUGUGUCAGCUGAGAGAUUCAUGUACUUAGCAGGCACACUCGGUCAGUACAAUGGUCAAUUCGUCAAAAAAUACUUCUUUCUUGGCUAUGCCCUGGCACGAACAUGGUAUGCCUUGUGAGUUGUCAAGUAGUGAAAGGCUUGUCAGCCAGGCAGUAAUAAAACACGAAAACCAAGGACUAGUGCAACUAAGAAGCAUGGGGAAGUGAGAAAGAAGGAAAAAUUCUGCGCAAUCCUUGAUCUAUCAUAGUUUAAGUCCCUUUGGACGCUCUCCCAUUUUCAUCCAUCCUUUCUUCCCUCACAGUGCGCAGUCCUACGUAAAUAGAGAGUGAGCCUCUUUGUGUACCUCGUAUCGUCAUUGUGUUUGCGAUGUCUAGAACACUUCUUAUUGCCUUCCUCGUUUCACUCCUCGCUCACGGCACCACUGCGGCAUCCUGCAACAGCGAAGACGAGAAGGCAUUGCUGGCUUUCAAAAAUGCCGACGAGACUCGGAGUAAGCUGCUCACCAACUGGACCCAGGAAUCCAGCUGCUGUGCCUGGCCUGGUGUCAAAUGCGACGGAGCUAGCGGACGGGUGAGCGAGCUCAACCUGGAAUCCGUAGGACUAACAGGUACGCUGUCUCCGGAGCUGGGAAGCCUCACUCAUCUCCGCGCUCUCAACGUCCGCGGCAAUGGUAUGAACGGUCCGAUACCUUCCACCUUUGGUAAGCUACUUCGACUGGAAGUUCUCGACUUGGGCGGGAACUUCUUCUUCUCCGGACCGCUGCCAUCGUCUCUUGCUCAGCUCGCAUUCACGCUGCAAAUACUGGAUCUGUCAGGUUAUAGAUUCGAAGGACCGUUUCCAUCGCUUAUUGGAAAACUUACCAGCUUGAGGAAGCUCAUCCUGGAAAGAGCUGAUGCGUCUGCCGGCAGCAUUCCUUCGUUCCUCGUCAACCUUGAGAAUCUCACUGUCUUAAAUCUCCAAGGAAGCUGGUUCACGGGCUCCAUUCCUUCCUUCUUGAGGAAACUGAAAAGCCUUGAGCAGCUCGAUCUCUCGGACUCUUCCAAGCUCACAGGUUCCAUUCCUUCGUCUUUGGGGGAGCUGAAAAGCCUCCAACGUCUCGAUCUCUCGCGCAUUUCCCAGCUCACAGGAUCCAUUCCGAAGAGCCUCGGCGACCUCCAAAACUUGGAGUAUCUCGACUUAAGUGUCACCAUGCUGUCCGGCUCCAUUCCUCCAUCGCUAGGCAACCUUGCCAGCUUAGAGACGCUGAAGAUAUCAGGCACCGCCGUCGCUGGACGAUUCCCUGACACGCUCGGCAACCUCAAGAAGCUCAAAGUACUGGACCUGUCUGGCAACAGUAUCCGUGGCUCCAUUCCAAGCUCUUUCGGUCAGCUCUCUUCCCUGGAAGAACUUUCGUUGGCUCGCGGUCGGCUUACCGGACAAAUACCAAGUUCUCUCGGCCAACUUAUCAAACUUGUCAGCCUCGAUGUCUCGUCCAACUCAUUGAGUGGCAGGAUCCCAGAAGGAUUUGCUCAAGGGGGCCUCAAAAACCUCAAAACGUUGCAGUUGUCAAUGAACAAACUCACUGGGCUUCCCACCAACAUGGCCAACCUUACCAGCUUGCAAGUCAUCCGCCUUGACUACAAUGAUAUCACGAGCUUUGACGCCAUCUCCGGGCUGACAACACUCCCGGAGCUCUCAACGAUCUCUCUCCGCGACUGCAAGCUUCAAGGGCCAAUACCUUCCUGGUUUGGAAGCAUCAACCUCAAGGUACACCCCGACGACCUGACAUGCGAGAUCGACCUCUCCUUCAACUCCAUCACCGGAGCUUUGCCCAAUUCAUUGGGACGAAUCUCCAGCCUCAAGCAUCUCUACCUCGAGUCCAACAAGCUCCAAGGAAAACUUCCAGACAGCUUUGGAAAAACACUCCCCAAGCUGAGGUAUUUGGAGCUGCGGGACAACUUCCUUACGGGAGUACCGGAAGACUUGAGCAACAUGGGAAAAGGAGCGCUCUACUACCUCGGACUCCACCACAACAAUCUCAGCUUUCAUGCUCUCGAAGGACUGUCGACGCUCCCCCAAGUUUCCUUCCUCCUGCUUGACCACUCCCAGCUCACAGGAGCCAUCCCGAGCUGGUUCGGCAAGAUCCCGAUGACCCAAGUCAGCGACGUCGCAGUGCUGAGCCUCAGCUCCAACCGCAUCACUGGGGAAAUCCCACCAGAGCUUGGCCAGCUGACCCAAGUCACAGAGCUCUACCUGGACGACAACGCGCUCACUGGCACCAUCCCUCCCAGCCUCGGCAAUCUCACGAGCGUGUUGAGGCUGAACCUCGCCCAGAACCGCUUGACCGGCAAGAUUCCAGUGGAAUUCCUAGCGCUCAAGAACCUGGUCAACUUGAAUGUCUCCCACAACCAGCUCACUGGCGCCAUACCUAGCGGACAGCCGCUCAUCGACAUGGACCCGGACAACUUCGCCGCCAAUCCGGGGCUCUGCGGCAAGCCCCUGCCCCCGUGCUCCCCAAAAACCCUAGCCCUGUCCUGAAAAUGGCGGACUUCUACUUUCAAAAUGGCUUUGCCUUUUAAUUAAUUAAUUAAUGUCCCUUCUGCC